GAGACCUCUUACGGUACAGUGUCGUAACAGUUAAUAAAUAUGGCGAACAGGAGUAUUUUCCGUCUGCUGGAUUCUUCCAGCAAAAUAUCACGAACAAAUGCACCAGUAGUAACUUUAACGGUACGAAAAUACUCAAAUGAAUCAUCCGAUGAAGUAACUCAUACCGGACAGAAAUUUGAAGACGAUGACUACCGACUUGUAAGAUUUAUCGAUAGGCCAAAACAUGUUAAUCCUAAUUGGGCUAUAAAUUAUAUAUCUAAAGCACAAUCUAUCCCUAAAAAAGAUCGUGUUGUAGCAUGUGACGGUGGUGGUGGUCCUUUAGGACAUCCUAAAGUUUAUAUCAAUUUGGAUGAACCAGGUUCAAAUGUCUGUGGUUACUGUGGUUUGCAAUUUCACAAGGAAGAUCAUCAUUAAAUGAUAUCCAGACUGAAUAUAAAUAGUAAAAAAUAUAUAAAUUAUAUGUUAAAUUGGUGAUAAUAGUAUAUUAUAUUAAUAAAAUGAGUAGUAACUCUUGGUAUCGCUAUAAUAA